AUGGGAGCCACUCGGUUUUGUACUAAGCCCAAUAAACGCCCGCAAUCUCACGGUGCCGCAGUGCGUCACUCAGCGCCGCGCCGCAAGGGGGCGCUGUGCCCAGGGGCCCGUGCCGCUCCCGCCGCCCCGCCCUCGCCGCGCCCCUUCCGCCUCUUCCGCAGCCGCCAUCGCCGAGACGCCUGGCAGCGCAGCGCCAUGUCGUCUCACAAGACCUUCAAGAUCAAACGCUUCCUUGCGAAGAAGCAGAAGCAAAACCGCCCCAUCCCGCAGUGGAUUCGCAUGAAAACGGGCAAUAAGAUCAGGUACAACUCCAAAAGGAGACACUGGAGAAGGACCAAGCUGGGCUUGUAAGAGAGACUGUCUGCUGGGAGCUCUAAUAACACUUGUCUUUCUGCAUCAGAUCGAUACACCCCCAAACGCUGGUCAGCAGCCCUCGAGUCAUUCCCUCCGUAGUGCUGCACUGCAGUGCUCGGUUCUUGUUCUGUGAGCCAGUCUGGGCUCAUGAUUUUUAACAGGAAUAGUGUCGAAGCAUUUGGCAUCUGAAACAUGAAGACUGUGUUCUAUUAGUGUUCUUUGUUUCAGGCAUCAUAGGUAUUGACAGUGUACAGGCUUGUUAAUAAAUAUGGACCUGAAC